AUGCCGUUCCAGCUCAAGGCCGGUCACCACCACGGCGCCAUGGACGGGAAGCCGCCGCCGCCGCCGCCGCUCGCGCCCGCCCCGACGCCCAGGGUCUCCCGCCUCCGCAGGCUGCUCGUGAGGGUCUCCGCCUCGGAGCGCCUCGCGGUCGCCGGGGACGGCAAGGAGAAGGAGAGGGAGGAGAGGCCCGCGGCCGGCGGGGAGGCGGAGGUCGGGUCGGUGGGGCUCGACCGCAUGGUGCUCAGCUUCAUGGAGGACUCCGCGGCCGUCGAGCGGCCGCCGCGCGGCCGCUGCAACUGCUUCAACGGCAGCAACUACGAGGAGAGCGACGACGAGGAGGGCUUCUUCCUCCCCUCCGGCCAGGCCUCCGCGCCGCCCCCUUCCGCGGCCGGCGACACCCUGGAGGCACUCAAGAGUUUGGUGCAGAGCGCCAGCGUCGCGGAGCGGAACCUUCUCGCCGACGCUUCCAGGAUCGCCGAGCGGUGCGGCAGGACCUGCAAGGGCAAGGCGGAGUGCCGCCGCGCCGUCGCCGACGGCCUCAGGGCCCUCGGCUAUGACGCCGCCGUCUGCAAGUCGCGGUGGGAGAAGACCCCGUCCUACCCCGCUGGGGAGCACGAGUACAUCGACGCCGUGGUUGGGGACGGGGCGAGGCUGAUCGUGGAGGUGCACUUCAGGUCCGAGUUCGAGGUGGCCCGGUCGACCAAGGCGUACCGCGCGGCGCUCCAGGCGCUGCCGCCGCUGUUCGUGGGCACGUCCGACCGGCUCGGGAAGAUCGUGUCCGUGGUGGCGGAGGCGGCGCGGCAGAGCAUGAAGAAGAAGGGGCUGCACUUCCCGCCAUGGCGUAAGCCGGAGUACAUGCGCGCCAAGUGGCUAUCCCCGCACGUCCGCACCGGCGACAAGGCGGCCGCCCCGUCCCCCGCCGCCUCUGCGACGGCGACGGCGGUGUCGGCGGCGAGCUUCUCGGGCGAGUUCGAGCUGCUGUUCGGCAUGAACAAGAGCGGGGUGUCCCCCACCCCCGGCGAGAAGAUCACGGUGGUGGUGUCGCCGUGGCGCCCGACGGAGGAGGCGGCGAGCAAGAAGCAGCAGCCCAGGGCGAAGGUCGUCACGGGGCUCGCCGCCGUCCUCUGA